GCGUGGCUUCUUUGUGGUACCCACCUUGGAUGGCGGCCUUCAAGCCAGCUUUUGGACUUCAGGCCCCGCGGCCCAGCGGACGGCGGUCUCGCCGGCCAGGCACGGAGCGCAAGCCCCGGCAGGCGUAUAGCGCGCAGCAGCUCGAGCGUCUCGAGGCUGAGUUCAAGGUGGACAAGUACCUUAGCGUCUCCAAGCGGCUGGAGCUCUCGCAGUCUCUGAACCUGACGGAAACCCAAAUCAAAACCUGGUUCCAGAACCGCAGAACCAAAUGGAAAAAACAAAUGGCAGCACGCAUGCGUCUUGCUCACCGACAAGGACUGCUGCCUGCCCAGUUAUACCCAUCUAUACCCCUCACCCAUCAUAUAUUUCCCCCAUUCUACCCCGCUUCCACGGGGGGAGGUAGCUCCCUUGAGAUGGGGGGCUUCAGCCCCUUCACUUCAGGUCCUGGUAUUAUAGCCAUGACGAAUCAAAGCGGGUUGCAGAACUUGAACCGCUCUAUGAUGACGUCAGCAAGUUCUGACUCCAUUAGCUUUCCUUCCAGUGCACCAAAUGCACUGUGAA